UUGAAUGGACUGGUCGUUCGACGGAGUUCUCUGUGUGUAACCUACAAUUCAUCGUUUAUAAAAUGAGUUUGAAGUUCAUAAAUUGUUAAAAGAAGACAAAUGGAAUAAUGUAAUUUUUUUUCGAAUGUUUCCACAUUCUAGGAAAGUAUGUGCAACAAACAUUUGAUGGUCGUCCUCAUAAUCCUGGCUUUCGACCUCGCCGUGGCAACCGACUCUGGCCUUGAGACGACGCAAGCAGGAGGUGGGCUCGAGAACAGGCCGCAGCGGGACGUCUCCUGCAGAAAUCACCAAGAGUACCCACAUGACAACAUCUGCUGCCUGAGCUGCCCAGCUGGUUCCUAUGUCAAAUCUGCCUGUACAAGCGCCCACGAGAGAGGCACGUGUGAGAACUGUGACUUUGACACCUAUACCGAACACGACAAUGGACUGCUACAGUGUUUGAAGUGCACCAAGUGCCGCCCAGACCAGGAGAUUGUAGCAAGAUGCACCAACACACAGAACACAGAGUGCCAGUGUAAAGCGGGGCGUUUCUGUGCCCCCGACCAGGCUUGUGAAAUUUGUAAAAAGUGCACAAUAUGUAAGGAUGACGAGGUGAAGGUGAGAAACUGCACCACCAUAUCCAAUACAGAGUGCAAGAGACAACUGUCCACUUCCAGCAACAAAUCGGGUACAAUCACAGCAGGUGCUGUGGCGGCUGUGCUCGUGUUGAUAGCAGGUUCUACUGUCAUAGUUGCUUUUCUCAAGAGGAAAAAGAAGUUCGUUGGAGAGCAAGACUCUCAGAAUCCCAGUGAGAUGGAGAAGGUUGUGGUGGAUAGUGGGUCCGGUUUGUCAGAUGAAGAGAUGCAGAACAAGCUGAACGGCAGGCUUUACGACUCUCCCCUCCUGGAGCAGGCCCAGGCGGUGGGUCAACAGGCCUUAGCCAAUAAGGAGAAGGAGACCAAACAGGGCAACAGCUUUACCAGCACCGCGCAUUCCUCCCCGGCCAGCCUGCCUACCUUGCCCUCAGCCCCCCUCCCUGCACCGUACCCCCACCCCCGUCCUGUGUCCCCGAGUCAUCCCAACACGAGGGAUGAUGACUUGCCGCGUAAGAAACUUGUCCCCUUGAAUGGUGACAAGUCCCUGACGGAUUGCUUUAGCUACUUUGAAGAAGUGGACGUCCACUUUCACAACAGGUUCUUUAGGCGUAUUGGACUCAAUGACAAUGCCAUUAAGAACAGAGAGAACCUUCAGCCUGAAGACCGAGUGCAUCAACUACUGAAUGUGUGGCUAGAGAAGGUUGGCAUGGAGGCCAGCAUCAAUGACCUCAUCGCUGCGUUACUGCAUCUGAACCAGAGGUUAUCGGCGGAGAACAUUAUUGCCAAAGCGAUUUCCGAGGGCCAUUUUGAAUAUGAAGGAAAGCAACCGCGGGAUGAGUCACAGUUAUAGGUUGAUGGGCACACCUACAACAGGAAGCGAUUAAUGAACAACCGCGAGUCAAGACUGAGCGCGUGGGUGGUGUCAUCUUGGGUCAGGAAUGCCAAAUGAAAAAACACACUUGCUAGUCUUCACCUAAGGGAAUUCUUAGCACUUUGAACUAGGACUGAGGAGAACCGGCAACAAUACAGUGUGAACAUCCUCUCAGAUUCAACUCGAGGACAUGGAAAACGACCCUGGGUGUACACUGUUGUGUUACAUGCGGCACUGCUGCAGUUGUGAGGAACUAGGUAUACUAACAUGUUCUAGAAGGCUGUGUCCAUUGCAGGCUUGCACUGCAGGUCCAAUUUGCUGUUGUCCAUACAGACAAUAAUUGAUCGACACUUUGUUUCCGUUCAAGCUUCUUGUGCAUUUCUUGGUUUCAUGGAUGGAUUUGGGUCAUAUCAUGUUCCACGUUGUUUGCUUUCAAAUUGAGUACUUUGUAAAAGGGUGCAAAGUUGUUAAACCGACUCGUUGAGGAUAGCACUGGUGUCCUCAUAGAUUCAAUGCCAUAUAUGUGUUCGUACACUGAUAUCUGUCACUCACUGACAACCAUGCCAGUCUUACUGUUCCAGAAAUGAUGUUGAAUUCACAAUGAGUAGGCACGUCUAUACUGUGUAUGAACUGAGUGUGGGUCAUGUCAAGUUCUAACAUUCUUGCUGCACUGAGAAAGGUACCGCCAAAGCGAGGGAUCGAGCCUUAUCUUGUGUAAUGAGGUCAUUGAGGAAUUUUUGUGAGAUUGUAAAAGACAAAUGGAUUGUAAAAGGCAUACCACCACCUAGUGGAUGGAAAUUGUCAUUUAUUGUGUUACUUGUUUUAUGUUAUUUUAUUUACAGUAUUUACUUGGUAAAUCAUGGUCAUCAAAUCGUGGCAUCCACGAUUUGACUGUAUUAUGACUUUGAUGCUGCCAAUUGUUGUUUUGGAUAAAGUCCAUGCUUUAAGCCCCAGAAUUUAGGCUGAGUUUAAGAUUUAGUUUGGUCCACAGGCCACAUAAGGCCUAAUUCCUUUCCAUAUUUUCUAUUUUCAACCUUUUUAUUUUUGGCUUCAUUAUUCCUGAGCAUGAAUUGUGACUGAAUAGAGGCCCAUAGAUUCAUCUUAUAAUAUUUAUUGAAUUGUUUUUUUCUUUUUUCUAAAUUAUGUUUCUUAUUUUUUGUAUAAAUGUGCUAAAAGUGUCAAUUUGGAUAAAUAAAUAAGUCAACAAA